AUGAAAACCUCAAUAACGAGGCCUGCGAUCUUUGGUCAACGGCGGACUAUUGUGUCUUCGGUGCCUCAGAUCCAGCUCUUGAAGACCAAGAAGACCAUCACGGACUUGGUUUUGAAAGAGAAACCGUCUUCAAGCUCCAUUGGGGUGAAAUCCGUGGUUCUGUUCCGUUUGGCCAAGAAUUACAUCCAAUUUUUCAAGGCAGGAAUGGGCAACAUCUGGACCAAUUAUAGAGAUCUGAACAAGCGAGUUUAUGGGCAGAACUGGUACUUGGUCGUUAAUGGACUUGCUGCUAAUGAUCUUGCUACAGGGGACACCAAAGAUCAAAAGUUGUAUUUGAAAAGCUCCAAACUACCAGAAGCUGUUGAAGAACUUGCAACAGUGGUCACAUGCCUGAAAAAUUCUGGGUCUUUAGAUUUGAGCCGCGAGCAGAUCAAACUAUCGCGUGCUGACUUCCAAACCAUGCUGCGUACCAGAAAAGACUUCCCUAAGUUGCCGUUAUUUGCGUUCUUAUUUGCACUUUUGGAAGAGUUCUGUCUGCCGCUUUACUUUAUCUUUCCACGGUUGAUGCCCUCGACGUGUGUUUUUCCAGCGUUCAUGAAGACUUACUACGGGAAAAGCAUGAAGGCGCAGGAGAAGCUCCAGGAAUUACGCCAAGGACGCACAUACGAAGAGAUCGCUUUACAAAACCCAUACACUAUGCCUCAAGAAGAGCUGAAGUUGCUCUGCCAACUGUUGGGUCUUGGAACUCCUUUUUCCAGCGUGGAUACCCACAGAGACCUUCUGUCACGUAAGUACAGGGAACUGGUGGUAGACACGCAUCUGCUCAUUAGAGACGGUGGAGUUGAUAAAUUGGACCGGCUUGAGCUAUUUUCCACAUGCGUCGAUAGAGGACUGGUUGACUGGAAGCAGGUUGUGGACCAACUUGGACACAACGAGAAGUCGCUAUACGAUCUAUUGAACGAGGACAAGUUACGCGCGCGUCUAAGCCUGCACAUAGAGCGUUUCGGAAGCCCAGGAUACAACGUUGGGGUUUUAGGAGCAUACAUGUAA